AGAUUUGCCUGGGGCUCUUCACCCUCGUCUUGACCGAACCUGCCCAGGCGCAGAAGUGCUACCGGGACCUGGCGCUGGUGAGCCGCGACGGCAUGAACAUCGUGCUCAACAAGAUCAACCAGAUCCUCAUGGAGAAGUACCUGAAGCUGCAGGACACCUGCCGCACCCAGCUCGUGUGGUUGCUGCGGGAGCUGGUGAAGAGCGGYGUGCUGGGCGCCGACGGCGUCUGCAUGACCUUCAUGAAGCAGAUCGCAGGUGGGGAUGUGACAGCGAAGAACAUCUGGCUGGCCGAGAACGUGCUGGAGAUCCUCACGGAGCAGCGGGAAUGGGUCCUGAAGAGCAGCAUCCUGAUCGCCAUGGCGGUGUACACGUACCUGCGGCUCAUCGUGGACCACCACGGCACCUCGCAGCUGCAGGCGCUUCGGCAGAAGGAAGUGGAUUUCUGCAUCUCGCUGCUCCGCGAGCGGUUCAUGGACUGCUUCAUGAUUGGCCGGGACCUGGUGAGGCUCCUGCAAAACGUGGCCCGAAUUCCCGAGUUCGAGCAGCUCUGGAAGGACAUCAUCCACAACCCGCAGGUCCUCAGCGCGCAGUUCACAGGUGUCCUGCAGCUCCUGCAGUCAAGGACUUCUCGCAAAUUCCUGGCCUGUCGCCUUACUCCCGACAUGGAAACCAAGCUCCUCUUCAUGACCUCCCGGGUGCGGUUCGGCCAGCAGAAGCGCUACCAGGACUGGUUCCAGCGCCAGUACCUGUCCACCCCCGACAGCCAGUCGCUGCGCUGCGACCUCAUCCGCUACAUCUGCGGCGUGGUGCACCCCUCCAACGAGGUGCUCAGCUCCGACAUCCUGCCCCGCUGGGCCAUCAUCGGCUGGCUCCUCACCACCUGCACGUCCAACGUUGCUGCUUCAAAUGCCAAACUCGCUCUCUUCUAUGACUGGCUUUUCUUCAGCCCGGAGAAGGACAGCAUCAUGAACAUAGAGCCUGCCAUUCUGGUGAUGCAUCACUCCAUGAAGCCUCACCCCGCCAUCACCGCCACGCUGCUGGACUUCAUGUGCCGGAUCAUUCCCAACUUCUACCCGCCGCUGGAGGCUCAUGUCCGGCAAGGCGUCUUCAAUUCUCUCACCCACAUUGUGGAGAAGCGAGUCCUUGCACACCUGGCCCCUCUCUUCGACAACCCCAAGCUGGACAAGGAGCUCCGUGCCAUGCUGAGGGAGAAAUUCCCGGAGUUCUGCAGCUCGCCCUCGCCCCCCAUCGAAGUCAAAAUCGAGGAGCCCGUUUCCAUGGAAAUGGACAAUCACAUGGCUGACAAGGAUGACGGCUGCUAUGACAACGCGGAAGCCGCGUUCAGCGACGACGAGGAGGACUUGAACAGCAAAGGGAAGAAGAGGGAGUUCAGGUUUCAUCCCAUCAAGGAGACCAUUGUGGAGGAGCCUGUGGAUAUCACACCGUUCCUGGACCAACUGGAUGAGUCGCUGAAGGAUAAAGUCCUGCAGCUGCAGAAGGGCAGCGAUACGGAAGCGCAGUGUGAGGUCAUGCAGGAAAUCGUGGAUCAAGUCCUGGAGGAGGACUUUGACUCAGAGCAGUUAUCAGUGCUUGCAUCCUGCCUCCAGGAGCUAUUUAAGGCUCAUUUCCGUGGUGAGGUUUUGCCAGAAGAAAUCACAGAGGAGUCUCUGGAGGAGUCGGUGGGGAAGCCGCUCUACCUAAUAUUUAGGAACCUCUGCCAGAUGCAGGAAGAUAACAGCGGCUUCUCGCUGCUGCUGGAUCUCCUCUCCGAGCUCUAUCAGAAGCAACCCAAGAUCGGCUACCACCUUCUCUACUACUUAAAAGCCAGCAAAGCUGCAGCCGGCAAGAUGAACCUCUACGAGUCCUUCGCCCAGGCCACGCAGCUGGGCGACCUGCACACGUGCCUCAUGAUGGACAUGAAGGCCUGCCAGGAAGACGACGUGCGGCUGCUCUGCUACCUCACGCCCUCCAUCUACACCGAGUUCCCCGACGAGACGCUGCGAAGCGGYGAGCUGCUCAACAUGAUCGUAGCCGUCAUCGACUCGGCCCAGUUGCAGGAGCUCGUGUGCCACGUCAUGAUGGGCAACCUGGUGAUGUUCCGCAAGGACUCGGUGCUCAACAUCCUCAUCCAAAGCCUCGACUGGGAGACCUUCGAGCAGUACUGCACGUGGCAGCUCUUCCUGGCGCACAGCAUCCCGCUGGAGACCAUCAUCCCCAUCCUGCAGCACCUCAAGUACAAGGAGCACCCCGAGGCGCUGUCCUGCCUCCUGCUGCAGCUGCGGCGCGAGAAGCCCAGCGAGGAGAUGGUGAAGAUGGUGCUGAGCCGGCCGUGCCACCCCGACGACCAGUUCACCACCAGCAUCCUGCGCCACUGGUGCCUCAAGCACGACGACCUGCUGGCCGAGCACAUCAAGUCCCUGCUCAUCAAGAACAACAGCCUCCCGCGGAAGCGCCAGAGGUGA